AUGGCUGAAGAUUCUGAGCUCUGGAAUGUUAUAUGUGACGGACCCUUUGUCCCUACCAAGAAUCUUGGUGAAUCAGCAUGUCAAUCAGCAAAAGAGAUAUGGGAGACACUUCAGACAGCCCACGAGGGAAUAACUCAGGUGAAGCAGUCCGAGAUUGAUAUGGUCACAACUGGAUAUGAGCUUUUCAGAAUGAAAGAUGAUGAAUCCAUCCACGAUAUACAUACUCGAUUCACCUCCAUUAUCAAUGAGCUUCACUCUCUUGGUGAAAGUAUUCCGAGAAACAAGCUUGUUAGAAAAAUCCUUAGUGUACUGCCCAGUUCUUGGGAAAGCAAAGUUAACACCAUUAUAGAGGCUAAGGACUUGCGGACACUGACCAUGGAUGAACUUCUUGGAAACUUGAAAAGCUAUGAAACGAAGAAGAAGUAG